AUGUUUAUCUUCAGACAGCUCUUCUACGAUGGUCAUCAGCAGUUGGCGCUGAAUUUAGCAUCAGCAAUAGGUUGCUCAGCACAACCACCCCCACCCUCCGACAAGCUUUUCCGUCUGGUCUCAAUGGCUAAGCAAUUUGUGGAGGAACCCGAAACCAAGGAUAAGGACAAUGUUAUACAGGUUGAUAUCAGUUCCGGUCUGGACUUGGAAUUCGACGCCGACAUUGAGCCAACUUCGCCGGAGCCGAGCAUGUACGAAACGAUCUAUUUAACAGCCCAUAAAUCAGCCUGUCGCGCAUCCGCCUUCAAUUCUGAUGGUACACUACUGGCAACAGGAUCAGCGGACUGCUCAAUCAAAAUAAUGGAUGUGGAAAGGAUCAUUGCUCGAGAAGUCAGAGGCGAAGUAAAUCUAGCAGACAACGGCCCGGACGCACAACAUCCAGUAAUACGUACCCUCUACGAUCACAUCGAUGAAGUGAAUUGCUUAGCUUUUCAUCCACGUGAACAAAUUAUCAUCUCGGGAGCGAAUGAUUUUACCGUCAAAAUGUUCGAUUUCUCGAAAAAUGCCGUCAAAAGAGCCAUGAAAACUAUCUUUGAAGUGGAACCAAUUCGCGCACUAUCAUUCCAUCCAGCUGGUGAAUUUCUGUUGGUAGCAACCAACCAUCCGACUCUUCGUUUGUACAACAUCGAAACGCAGCAGUGCUAUGUUUGCUGUGUGCCCACCGAUCAGCAUCGCGAUACUGUUAUGGAUGUGAAUUAUUCGGAAAAUGCACGUUUGUACGUCACAGGUUCAAAAGAUGGUGACGUGAAAGUAUGGGAUGGUAUUUCGAAUCGUUGCAUUGAAACAUUCCAGCGAGCGCAUGAUGGCGCUCAAAUUUGCAGUGCUACCUUUACGAGGAAUGGAAAGUACAUAUUGACGAGUGGCCUGGAUAGUAUUGUGAAGCUGUGGGAACUGUCAACCAACAGAUGUCUUAUUGCGUAUACAGGAGCCGGCGCUACUGGUGCUCAGGAAUAUCCCAUACAGGCAUCAUUUAAUCAUAAUGAAGAUUAUGGCCACACAGCAGCAACAAGAACAUUCAGGCAUUCACCAACAAUGCCAGCAUUUGUAACGGGCAGUGACGAUUUUAGAGCACGAUUUUGGUACAAGAAAACAGCAGGAUGA